GAUGAAUUUUGGUGUCGGUUUUUUCCCCUCAGUUCGUAGUCGGUCCUACCGGAACGCUUUGCGAUAACCAGUGUUGUCGCACGGACCCGGUUUCCCGUAACGCAUCGCCGACAGGCAGUGCUGUGGUGCUGAGCUGCGAUGGAGAAGCUGCAGGGCUUUGAGUUCUGGAGGAAGACUCUUCGUGCUGCACGCUUCGUCCUCGCGCCCAUGGUGGACCAGAGCGAGCUCGCGUGGAGGCUGCUGAGCCGCAGACACGGGGCGGAACUGUGCUACACACCGAUGCUGCACGCGCAGGUGUUUGUACGCGAUGCCAACUACCGGCGAGAAAACCUGUACAACGAAGUGAGCCCUGAGGACCGCCCUCUCAUCACACAGUUCUGUGCAAAUGACCCAGAGGUGUUUGUCCAGGCAGCACUUUUAGCUCAGGACUACUGCGACGCCAUCGACCUCAAUUUAGGAUGCCCUCAGAUGAUUGCUAAACGAGGUCACUAUGGUGUGUUUCUGCAGGACGAGUGGGACCUGCUGGAGAGAAUGAUUAAACUGGCCAAUGAGAAGCUCUCCGUGCCAGUCACCUGCAAAAUCCGGGUCUUCCCAGAGGUUGAGAAAACGGUGAAAUACGCCAAGAUGCUGGAAAAGGCGGGUUGCCAGUUGCUCACCGUUCAUGGCAGAACCAAAGACCAGAAGGGAGCGCUGACCGGAGUGGCGAGUUGGGAUCAUAUUAAAGCCGUACGAGAAGCUGUGAACAUACCGGUCUUUGCUAAUGGAAACAUUCAGUACCUGAGUGAUGUGCAGCGUUGCAUGGAGGAGACGGGAGUGCAGGGCAUCAUGAGUGCAGAGGGGAACCUGCACAACCCGGCGCUGUUCGAGGGCCGUAACCCUCCUGUGUGGGAGAUGGUGGAGGAAUAUCUGGAGGUGGUGAAGAAACACACGCCCAGCACGCUAUCACACGUCCGAGCUCAUCUUUUUAAACUCUGGCAUCACACGCUGCAGAUCCAUCAGGACCUAAGAGAUGAUCUGGCCAAAGCAAAGAACCUGGCAGGCAUUGAGGAGGUGAACACACAGUUGAAGCAGCGCUGCCAGGAGGAGAUGGAUAAGGACGAAUCGGAGCGACAUCACACCGGACUGCCUUUUCCUCAUUGGAUCUGUCAGCCGUACGUCAGGCCAGCGCCGAAGGAUCCGAGAAGCGAGAACGGCGUGAAGGCGGUGAGCGGGAAAAGGGCGCUGGAGGACAGCGACAGCUCCAACGACUCGCUCUCCAAGAACAAGCAGAAGAAGAAAGUCAGGAACCCGCAGAAGAACUUCUGCCCCGAGCUCAAACCAAAGUACAUCAAAUGUGAGCAGUGUGGGAAUCCCAAAGGGAAUAAGUGCGUCUUUAACCUGUGUCGUGGCUGCUGUAAGAAAAAGGCCUAUAAGGAAGUCGCAGAUUGUCCAGGUCACGGCUUGAGGUUCAAGACGAAAGCGCAGAAGCAGACGCUCGCUGUCCAAACGGAGACGCCGAUCUCGUCCUAAACCUCCGCAUCACUCGAGUUUCCGGCUCGCUACCAAACGCAACAAAUCGAGCGUAUCUUACUCGCAUACGCAUAUGCAUUGAACCCGAAUACUGCUGCUGGAGAGUAAAAACUUCUUACUUUAGACAGGAACGGAUUCCAGAAAGGAAAAAGUCAUCACGUACAUGAUUAAAAUCCGGAUCUUGAAGAGAUUAGAUUUUGUACGUAGGGUUUUUACCCUACUUUAUAACCGCAACAUUACUGUAGCUAAGCCCCGCCCCUAAAAAGUUCACGGUAUACCGCGAACCUCGGUGUUGCGGCCGUUUUCACGUUUUAAUCCUCAGAUAUUAAACGGAACAGACAGAAUACAGGGAUAAAUUAUUCAAACUACGCAAACACCUUUUUCUGCUUGUAGAUGUUUGUUGUUUAAAAAAAUAAGAAUUUAUUUGCGUUUGGUUUUAAACGUAACGGGUACAGGCCAGACCUAAUGUUUUCACAUGUUCAAUCGAAACCAAAGUCGAAUUUCAGUUUCUGCUGAUGUUCUACAGUUGGACCGCUCACACGGGAGAAUGUUGGCGCUCUUGGGAAAGCAGAGAGAGAGAGAGAGCGUAAGAUUGAGAUCAGGUGUGUCCUCGAGGUACAAGAAACUGAGGAUCAUUUGUGACAUUUCCGCUGCUUUGUGUUUUUAACGUUGAGGUUUUUACAGCGAAUAAAACUUUUUAAAUUCUUUUA